AUGGCGUCACCGUCCAUCAGCUGCCCCUGCUCCCCCACGGCUGUCCCCGCGGGAGCCGGAGCCGGCUUGCGCCGAUCGCCGUCCUCCGUCCACCCGUGGCGCCAUCACCACCAGCAGCGGCAGCAGCAGGCGAGGCGACUGGUGAUGGCGGCAGCGGCGAGGCGGCGGUACAGGGGGACGGUGAGGAGGGAGGCGGCGCUGGCGGAGCUGGUGGAGCGGAAGAUUGCGGAGGCGAUGGAGGCGUGCGGAGAGCGCGGCCAGGACGACGAGGGGUGCCACGUGGCGUGGGACGAGGUGGAGGAGGUGAGCCAGGCCAGGGCCGACCUCCGGAGCCGCAUCGCCGAGGCCCCCGGCGACCCGCUCGAGCCCUUCUGCGCGCACAACCCCUCCGCCGAUGACUGCGCCGUCAUCUACGUCGACGACUGA